GUGAUAUAAAGGUUGAUAUAAAUGAGUUAUCGUAUUAGUUGAAGAUGUGACUGUUAAACAACUGUACAAAUGUAUAUUCCGUUAAUUGAAUUAAGUAAAGGAUAUCGUUGUUUUGAAGCAGCUUCUGACUGAACGUACAGGCAGCAAGCCGAGAGACACAAUGUCCUGAUGGAGAACAUCCGAACACGUCUUAAAUUCGGAAAUAAACCCCAAGAUGUGAAGCUGAGGAAGAGAAAAUCCCAACUGUACUCAAAGGAAGAUGAAAGUCCAAACCACGGGGAGCUGAGAAGCAGAGUUGUUGGGUUCGCCGUGGUUUUCAGACUCAUCAACUGCUUCCUGGUUCAAACCAGCUUCGUCCCCGAUGAGUACUGGCAGUCUCUCGAGGUUUCCCAUCGCAUGGUCUUCAACUAUGGCUACGUGACCUGGGAAUGGAAGGAAGGAAUAAGAGGAUUCACCUAUCCGCUCCUCUUUGCAUUCAUAUACAAGAUAUUAUACUUCAUUGACUACGACUCAGUUCAUCUCCUGAUAUGGCUUCCACGAAUAAUUCAAGCACUCUUUGCUGCGUUUGCAGAUGUCAGAUUCUUCUUUCUCAUCCGAACGUUGGAAAGUCGUGACGUUGCAAAAUGGACGUUCUUCUGCCAUAUGUGCUCGUGGUUCUCAUGGUACUGCUGCACCAGGACUCUGACCAACAGCAUGGAGACCACCAUCACCUGUCUGGCUCUGUCUUACUUCCCACUGCCUGGAUCCAAAACACACAACAGCAAAAUGUAUUUGACCCUGGUCGCCCUGGCUGUCGUCGUUCGACCGACGGCCCUGAUUGUGUGGUUUCCUCUGGUGAUGUACCACUUCUGGUUGGAAGAUAACAAACUGAGGCUCAUCACUCAGAGCUUGAUUCCUAUAGGAGCUCUGGCGGUUGUGAUUUCAACAGUAAUCGACUGCAUAUUUUAUGAAAAGUGGACCGUGGUGCAGUUCAACUUCCUGAAGUUUAACGUCUUGCACAGUGUGGCGGACUUCUACGGCUCUCAUCCUUGGCACUGGUACAUCACUCAGGGCUUUGCCGUCGUGAUCGGCCCUCACCUUCCGCUCUUCCUUCACGGGUGCAGCAUCGCCUUCAAAAAGUACAAGGUUCUGUUGGCAGCGGUCGUCUGGACAAUCACUGUUUACAGUUUGCUUCCUCACAAGGAGUUCAGAUUCAUCUAUCCGGUGCUUCCUUUCUGCAUGAUCUUCUGCGGGAUAUCUUUGGUUAAUUUAAAAGCGUGGCGACGAACUGCGGCGGUCGCCCUGUUAGUGAGCAACCUGGCAGCAGCUCUGUACACCGGCCUGAUCCACCAGAGAGGCCCCCUGGACGUCAUGAGCCACCUGCAGACGCGGUGCAACGUCAGCGGCCCCUCCAGCCCCCCGCUGCCAGACGUCCUCUUCCUCAUGCCCUGCCACUCGACUCCUUACUACAGCCACGUGCACUGCCCGAUGAAGAUGAGGUUCCUCGAGUGUCCUCCAGAUCUCGGAGAGAAAGGUUACGUCGAUGAAGCGGACCGCUUCUACCGCGAUCCUCUCCGCUGGCUCAGGACUUCUUUUCCAUACAAAUCUUCUAUACCGACCAUGUUGGUUUUGUUUGAUGUUUUGGAGAAGGAAAUCUCCUUUUUUUUGAAAGGGAAUAAAUUUGUGAGGACGGCCGAGAUAUUUCAUACUCACUUUCCAGAGGGGAGAGUUGGAGGAAGCAUCUUUAUUUAUGAAAGGCAUUGAUAACACUGGACUAAUGGCAAAAUGUCUGUUCUGCAGAAUGUCAAAUAAUAUAGAUUUGCUUCGUGAAAUAAAUAUUUUAAAUGUUAUUUUGAAA